AUGCCUGACGCCAAUAGCGACGGAGGAAGUACAACCGAUGGUCAUGAUAACUCGAUGGUACUAGACAACACCGGUGGUAACAAACCCGUUUUUAUGACUCCGCGCCCUAAAAAUAGUCUACCACCUCCAAUUGCAACCAAUCGUUUCUCAAGCCCUGAUGCUGAAGAGUUGGAAGCGUAUCAAGACCUUUUCAAGUCCCAAAUGGCUAAAGAUCACCCAAUCCCGACCCCGGAAGAUGACCUGAAUGCUCACUAUCGAAAUUUCAUCGAGAACGACGUUGAUUCACCACCACCCACCCCGAAAUGCACUCAGUCGGCAAGCAAGUCAUCAAACAGAGCUGCGAAGAACGAUUCAACUCAAACGGCGGCUCCCCCAAAACCACCUGCGCGGAAGCGCGAGCACCUCAGCCUGACUAUGACAUCUGUUUGUUUCAACUCGGGCCUGUGA